CACUCUUGGCCGGAUCACUGCCGCCCCACCACAUCCAGAAUGAGCGCGCCCACCAGCAGCAGAAUCGAGCGGGACGACGAGCCGCCUCGCCCCAGUCUGGGCAUCGCCCUCAACGGCGGAGGCGCCAGGGCGCACGCGGGUUCUUGGGGCUUCAUGCGUGCAAUGCACCAUCUCGGCCUCCUUUCGGAGGCGACUCAUAUCUCUGGCGUGAGCGGCUCGGGCUGGACGGUGGCGCACCUCGCCUACUCCUCCGACCCGCUCGACGAGGUGCUCACAACCUCGCGCCUCCCGACGCCAGCCAGUGCGCUGCCGGACUACAGCAGCAAGGAGGGGCGGGCAGAGCUCGAGAUUAUGCCGUGGGGCCGCCUCGGCGCGUCGACGUGGAUAUCCAUCGGGGACUACACCAAGCUGCGCUCCUGGACGCUGAGUGCCUCGUUCGCGUGGACCUGCUGCUGCGACCCGCAUGAGUUUUGGCUCUGGAUGAUCGACCAGAUCUACCUCAAGCCGAACGGCGUCGACGGCCGGCUCAUCACCGCCUCGUCCGAGGCGGCCGUCGAGAAGGCCAUCGCCGCCGCGCCGCGCCUGCGCCGCUCCGACUUCAUCGUGCAGCGGCCCGACGUGCGCGCGCAGCCCAUCAUCUCGUUCGCCCUCGCCGGCCCGUCGGCGCCGCGCAACUUCACGCACGCGCGCCGGGUGCAGCGGGCGCACUGGCAGGCGACGGGCGACGACGACGCGGCGGAGGAGUACGGGGACGCGCACGCGGCUCGGGCGGCGCACGGGGGCGCGAGCUUCGUCACCUUCGAGGCGACGCCGGACGAGGUGUCGACAGGGUACAAGGGGCCGCCCAUGCAGACCGACGUCUCCUGCUGCUGCCUGCCCUGCGUCGCCCUCCCGGCGCCUAGCCUCGCCGUGCAGCCCGGCACGGUGCCGAUGACGCGCUUCCUGCAGCCCGCCUCCUUCCAGUGCUGCGGCUUCCCCUCCGCCGCGCCGCCUUGCCUCUACCCGUGGAGCCUGCCCUGCUUCUGCGGACGGCCAAACACGUACUGCGGUCCGCCCGCCUUCACGCUGCGAGACGUUGUCGGCACCACCUCCUCCGCGCUCGGCGACUUUGUGCGAGGCGGGGUCGGGCGGGACGGAUGCCUGAACGACUGCCUGCUGGACCGGGCGACGGACUGGGCGGCGCAGAACUGGGCGCUGCAGCGGUACCGCGUCUCGCCCUCCUUCGACGGCCGGCGGGCGCAGGACCUGCUCUUUGUGGACGGCGGAAUGCACGACUGCUCCGCGCUGCCCGCGCUGCUGCGCCGAAAGCCCGGCACCCCAACUCGCUGA